GCUUUUUUUAAGUUUUGAAAGCGUUUGUGUAAUUGAGACUGAUUUGAAACAAAAUUAAAAACUAUUUGCUAUUUAUGUGUGCUUUGUCAGGCCAAAAUGUCAAGUACCGAAGAUAUUUAUGGACCUUCUUUACCACCAGGUAUGCAGCAAGCUUCCAAUGACAGUGAUGAUGAUGACGACCAAUAUGGACCGAGUUUACCUCCUGCCAGCACCAAACCUACCUCUAACAGCCCACAUUCAACUGCACCAUCCACCUGUAAACAACAAAAAAGUGCUAAAGUUAUAGGCCCUGUUUUGCCAUCAAAUUUUCCUCAUUCAUCCAAGUAUAGUUCAGACUCAGAUUCAGACUCAAAAUCAUCAUCAUCAUCAUCUUCAGACAGUGAUUCAAAUUGUAGGCAUAGAAAGAAAAUAAAGCGAUCACAUGUAUCCGAAAGGGCAAAAGACAUUUCAUCAUCACAGACUGUACCACUGGAUAAAAACACUAGAGAACUAGGUGCUUCGCUACCUCAAAGUGAUAGCAAUAUGCAGAAAGAUAGUGAAGGAAGUGAUGAUGAUGAAGUAAUAGGACCAAGUUUAGGUCUGCAGGCUUCACAAGAUGACCUUUCUGCAGUGAAUGAGUUUGAAGCUAGAGCUAUGAAAAUGAAACAGAAAUUAACAGCAACCACAACAACAGAUGAGGCUGAAGUACCGAAACAGAGAGAAAGUUGGAUGACAGAAUUACCAGAGCAGAUGGGUGCUAGUUUUGGUUUGAGCAACAGACAGUUUAGAGCGAGAGAUGCCCCCGAACAAGAUUCGAGCUGGACAGAGGCACCACAUGAGAAGGGCAAGAAAAAUAAGGAUGACAAGAACAAGAAGAAGGACAGGAAUCAUCAUUUCAAGAGUGACAAAGACAAACAAGCAACAAAAGAAAUUGAAGCAUAUAAUAAAAAACAUCGCCCAGAGUCUCUGCUGGACAUGCACAAGAAGGAAUUGAAGAAGAAAAAGAAAAAGGAAGAGAAAAAGAAAAAGAAGAAGAAAGAUAAAGGUGAGGAGAGGCGACCUUUUGACCGUGACCUUGAUCUCAAAGUGAACAGAUUUGACAAUGCUCAGAAACAAGCUUACAUUAAACGAUCUCGAGAGUUGGGUUCGCGGUUUCAGUCCGGUGGCACCGGAACUUCAUUUUUAUGAAUGGUCUCAUUUUGGUGGUUAAUACAGCAUUAUGAAAAAGAUGAGCUCACCAGGAAAGUAUUGUGUUUUUCCUGAAACUUGAAGUAGACUUGAGAGUGCUUGAAAUAAUUUUCCAGUUGUUUUUUGGUUUAUAAAUUUGAAGUAAAUGUGUUCAAGUUUAGUAACAAAAACAAUAGAUAAUCAUUGGGUGUAUUUCAAACAAAUAUCAAGUUGGAUUUUUUUAAAGGUACUUUGUUAGAAGAUGAUUUUUUGUAGAAUGCAAUUACAUUAAAAUUAUAAAGGAACAUAAUCUGUUACUGUUUGUUUAUAUGAUAUAUAAUUUUAAGAUCUGUUAUUUCAUCUGGUAUUUCAUCACUGCAAAUGCAUGAUUUGUUAAAAUUUCAAGCUUAGUUUGUCACAAUAUUUAAAAGUUUGAUAAUAUUAUUAAUGUCUUCAUCAUGUUUGAAAGUUUCCCCAUGACUUCAUAUGAUAUACAUGUAACAAGAAAUAUUUUUACUAUUUAUGAUAUGAAAUAAAUGUAUUUGUAAAAAUAAUGAUUUUGUUAACGGUAAUUAAGUGAACGCAUUGGUGAUUGACUAUAAAUUUUUGUAUCUCAGAGUUCAACUUAUUUACAUGUAUUUAUUUUACUUUCCUUGGAUUUUAUGCCACACCAGGCUUUAUAUUAAAAAAAUCAGAGCUAUGCAAAUCAACUUCUCAAAAGUCAGCAAGUAAGGAGUUUAAAAACACAAGACCAUCUGCACUCGUUCCCAGUUACCAUUUACAAUGUAUAAAGAAAGGAAGCAAUCUUUAAUAAACUGGGACUUUUAUGUUCAUGUAUAAAUGAUGCCUUAGU